ACUCUGAAUGCGUUCCAACCAGAGAAAGGCCUUUCCAGCUGAUCGCUUUUUACGCUCUCCGUAGUUCACACUGAACAGAGUUCGGCAACAUCGCUGCUGUCGUUCGAUAACAGACAGGCGCUUCCCACUACCCCGCAUUGCCCUUUUGACUUUGGACUGAAUUUUCUGUUAUUUCACCCGAAAUCUCUUCGUUUCCAUCUGCUCAGCACACGAUUGCAGUCAUGGCUUCGUUGAUUGGGAAAGCGCAGAUCCUCGUCCGUGGAGCAUCACACACCCGCUCGUUCCUGGUCUCCAACGUCACUAGGAUGAUGCAGGCGCCUUGCUCUGCCGCCUCUACACAGGCACAACAAGAGGGAACCUUCGAGAAUCUGAUCGUGGAGGUGAAGGGCGACAAGCGCAAUGUGGGCCUGAUCCAGCUGAACCGUCCGAAGGCGCUGAACGCGCUGUGUUCGCCGCUGAUGGACGAAAUCAACGCGGCACUGGAGCGCUUCGAUGCUGACGAUAACAUCGCCGCCGUCGUCAUCACCGGCAGCGAGAAAGCCUUCGCCGCAGGGGCCGACAUCAAGGAGAUGCAGAAUCACGCCUUCCCCGCCGUGUACCGUCGCAAUUUCCUCAACCGCUGGAAUCGCAUUACCGAGUUCCGCAAGCCCGUUAUCGCGGCUGUCAACGGAUUUGCACUUGGUGGCGGUUGUGAACUGGCAAUGAUGUGCGAUAUUAUUUACGCCGGAGAGAAAGCUCAGUUUGGCCAACCGGAAAUCAACAUUGGCACGAUUCCGGGCGCCGGUGGUACGCAGCGCUUGGUGAAGGCCAUCGGCAAAUCCAAGGCGAUGGAGAUGAUCCUCACCGGAAACCGUAUUUCGGCAGUCGAGGCAGAAAAAGCCGGAUUGGUCAGCAAGAUUUUCCCGCCCGAUCAGCUGGUAGGCGAAGCGGUGAAGCUGGCGGAAAAGAUUGCAUCGCAUUCACGGGUGGCGGUUAUGAUGGCCAAGGAGGCCGUCAAUGCUUCGUUCGAGGUUCCACUUAGCCACGGUUUGGUGUACGAGAAGCGACUCUUCCAUUCCACAUUUGCCACGAAUGAUCGCAAGGAAGGUAUGACGGCCUUCCUGGAGAAGCGUUCUCCUUCGUAUUCAGAUUAGAGCUGGCCUCGCUGAACUGCUUGCUGCUGGGACUUGGGAGGAACAACGUACUGUCCUGGAUGCGUUUGAUCAUUAGUUUCUUUUAUUCGCACAGCGUUUUGAAAGUUUAUUCUUGCUUAUAACUGAUACCAUUGCCUGCUCAUUGUCAGGGGCACUACGCUGAUUGUUUGCUUCUUCUGGGGUUCAGAUUGUUUUACAAGUAAUUGUAAUUUUAUUUGGUCAACCGCGAAUAAGAGAAGUAAACUCCUUGAAACACAGA